AUGGACCCCGUUUUGGACAAGUUUCAUAGUGGAAGUAUAUUUUUAUUUAUUUUUGACGCAGAAAUUUAAUUUUUAAUUUUUUUUUUGCAAACCAAACAAUUUCCGAGGUUAAACGUGACUAAAUUACUCUUAUUUUUGUGUUUAGUAUCAGGGAUGAUAAUAUUUUUUUUUUAUAUAUAUCUUUUAUCUAUAUAUUACUAUAUUGGUCGAGGGGAAACCGAUUAAGAAAGAAACCAAAAGUUCAUCCAAAAAAGCGAUGAAUAUAUUGAAUAAAAGAGAACAUGGAGAAAUUCAGCAUACUAAAAUGAAAUUAUAGAUUUUUAGAACUAGAUUUUUUUCAUAAAUCUUUGUCAGCAUUUAUGAUGCAUAGUUUAAGAAUGAUUUCAUAAUUAUUAUAUUUUUAUUUAAUUUUGUAAUUAUAAGCCUAUUUAUUUAUAUUGUUAUUAUUAUUAUUAUGUUAUUAUCAUUAUUAUUAUUAUUAUUAUCACAAUUAUUGCUCAUCCAUUUAUUGUCACUAUAUUGUAUUAUUAUAUUACAAUUAAAAUUGUAUUAUAUUGUACUAUUUGUAAUUGAAAAUUAUUUCCGUUGAAUAAAAUUAUUACUAUUAUAUGGAAAUCGAUUCGAACACAUUUUCCGAGCAUACUUGUAUUGUAGGUGUAAACGUGUAAUUCAAAUUUUAACGAUUGCUUCUGUAUAAUAAUAAUUUCAUUCAAAAUAUUUUUUUUUUCUUUAUAGUUUUACACGAUUUCAGAGCGCCGAACGUUUCGAAAAAAAUAACAAUAAUAAUGAAAAGUUCUCCGAAAAAAAAAGUCCUAUCGUCGUAAAAUAAGUUUUCUUUGUCGGGUGUUUUUAAAUUAAAAAUUAAUUUAAAUUUUUUUUUUUUUAAUUUUUAUAUAUUAUAUGAUUUAUUAUAAUAUGAUAUUGAAUGUUGACUUAACGUCAACGUCUUGCAGCUUGUAUUUUGUUCUAUGCAUCCCCACAUGUCCGUAUAAAUACACAGUUUUUUAAACAAACCGAAGCGAAAUUUAAAAUUGGCAUCGAUUUUACACAAAUUUUUCUUGCCCUUUUUCUAUUAUAACACUACACUGCUGCUCCGGUAUUUUUUUUCGUCUGUCGCCAUGUUUCAAUGUUAAUCAUGGUAAAUACUUAAGAAAAAAAAAAAUGAUAUAAAUAUGUUCUGCGUACCAACUUGUAAUUUUUUUUUUUUUGAAGUACCGAUUCGAUUUUUUUUACUUAUACGUUUUUUACACGUACAAGUAGGUAACUAUUAUAAUAUAAAAACAUGUAACCUGUAUUAACUAUAUAUAAAACCAAUGUUUGGAACCUACACUAAAAGAAAAAACACAUUCACGGUCGUUGUAAAAAUAAAUUCGUUCAGAGAUAAUAAAUGUUAACCAGAUAUGGGACCAUUUAGUUUGAUAACGUAUAUUUGCAGGUAAUAAGUCGUGGUUGUGGUAACAAUGAAUCAUAAAUUAACUAUUGAAUACAAUAUUUUCAAAUAUGACUAUGUGAAUACUUGACAAUGUCAUCAAUAAUAUUAUAAUAUAAUUAACGUAUUUUUUGAUUAAAUAUAAAAUUAACGUUUGAAUGAACGAAAAAAAAAAUUGUUCGUGUUUUUAUAAUAAUCAAUGAAGGCAUUUGUGGAUCAUUCGUAAAAAGCGAACGCUUACUUUCAAACGCAGAUAAAAACCUAUAGUGCGUUUCACGAAAUUAGAGACUCGACUGUGGCGCGAAAAUUAGUAAGACUUCGAUAUCAAUUGGCCAGCGCCACGCAAUUCAAAUUUUCGAUCACCGAUCAUGCUACAGUCGAGUCUCUAAUUCCGUGAAAUAACAUAAUAGUGUAGCAAUACCAAUAACAAAUCGAUAUUACGGUAAUCCGCAGAAUUUUUUUUUCCUAUAAUUUUAAUUAAAAUUAUAUUUGUUUUUUAUAAAUUAUAUAUGUAUAUACAAAAUUCGAUUGAAAUAUAUACAAUUAUACUUUUUAGUCUAAGGAAAUAUUAACGAGACUUUUCGCGCUAAGUUUUCAUCGGAAACUGUAAAAUAUUAAACUCGAGAUCCCGUAUAAAAAAAUGUUUAAGGUUAAUAAACAAGAAGAUAUAUAUACAAUACAUUGCUAUAUUAUAUUGUUUAGUAUUUACAGUUUCCAAAAUGCAAUAUUUAAUAAAGUUUCGCAACAGGUCUAUAUAUAUACUAUUCAUAAAUAAUGGCUGUCGCAUUUAAUAACUCCGCAUUUAUUGCGAGCUGCGCAAUUAGUUACAUUUUAGGUAAACAAGCGUUUCACUUCCGAAAAAUAUUUAAAAACAAAACGCACUAUUACAUUGGAUUUAGUUUAAACUCAGUUCCCGGAACUGCUUAGUUACCCCCUAAAUAAAAUGCUACUAUAGUGUAAAAACGUACAGUCGAAUGUAUCGAUGAACGAUGUCAACGACGUCGUUAUUAUUAGACCGUUUUGAGUUUUAUCUCAGCUUAUAGUGUGACCAAUCGAACCACAGGAGUGAUUAUGCGAUAAUUAAACGACUAUAAUAUACAAUAAACAUGUAUAUAUUGACUAAGGGAAUUUUUUUUCCCCAAUUGUUAUUUGAGCUUUAUUCACGUCUAUUUUUCAAUGAGAAUAGUAUUAAAAUAAAUAUUAGAUGUUUCUAUAAGAUUGAAAAAUACAACAGCAUUCGAGUUGGCUUUAAAUCCUACGAGAAAAUUGCUGGUUGAUGAUAAAUGGAUCAGCUUGUAUAUAAAGUAUAAUAAUAUUACACGCAAUAAAAAAAAAAAUUAAAUAAAACAACUCUAACGUCGUAUUAUACCUACUUACUUUUUGAAAAUUAAUGACGACUGAUUAGUUUAAAAGACUCGUAAAAUUAUCCAAAGAAUCUCUCGUUUACCUACGAAUAAAAAAAAAACUUUAAUUUAACGAAUUUUCUUUUAUAGUAAUAAUAAAAAAAAAAAUUAAAAAAAAAAAAAAAAAAAAUUAUUAUUUACUAUAUUUAGAUAAUCGGCCAAAUUAAAAACAUUACUCAAAGCGUUAAACUUUCGACGUAAAAACCAUCUGCGAAUUUGUUUUUUCAUUACUUAACUGAAGAAGUUUAAAAAUAACCGUGGUUGUUAUGUUCUUAAUUAAAACGUCGGUGGUUCGAAACAGUUUUCUAGUCGGCAAAAACGAAAAACUUUCAGUCUUAAGCUGGUUUCCACAACACAACAUUCGGGCGCAUCGUACAAAAAAAAAAUCUCUAAAAAACUUUGAAACGACGCCAACCACCCCCCCUCCCCCUACAAAAUCAGUGUUGUGAAUUAAAAUACAUGCGUUAGUAGUUUUAAGUUUUAGUAAUACUCGGUAUACAGUUUUCCUCCGGUGUAUACAGUACGACUCCUCUACUAGUAGUGACGCAUACUAAUUAUUAAUACCCAUAUUGACAGACGACAUUUCAGAUUUAUUAAAACUGAUCUGACGACGUCAUCUAUAUAUACUAGGUGGGAAACCUAUAUCGAGUUUGUGUUUUGUCGAGUUCCAAAUGUCUGCCCCUAUUUUCAAACUAUUACCUGCACGACAACACCGAACAAAUUAUCGUAAUCUUCCCUAACGUAUUCCAAACUCGACCCGCAAAUACGAAAUCCAGUUCGGUACAUUUUUCUUAAUAUUUUUUUUUUUUUUUUUUCAGAAAAAUACAACCCUCAACAGCAGAAGAAACAGGUGUCGGAUUUCUUGGUCAGGCCGUUUUUCGACACGGGUGUGUCGUCCAACAUCACCACGCAGCUUGGCGGCCACGCGUAUAUGCCGUGCAGGGUCAAACAACUCGGUAACAAGUCGGUGAGUGUUUCACGAUACAUUCAUAACGUAGUAUUGUUAUUAAUUAUCAGGUCAUUAUAUGCUAAACGAGUUUAAGUAUCAUAAUUCCGAGGGUGAAACCAUGAAAAAAUUUAAAAAAUACUAACAAAGCGUUGGCGAUACUGCACGACGGUGUGGGAUCAGUGAAUAUAGGAAACAGAAAUCUAAAAUUCCGUACGUAUUUAUCGUAGGCGGACAAAUUGAUUUCCUACUAAUGGAUCGUUACCCAUACCUACGUCUCGAGACUUGAUUUUUAAUUUCGAAUUUCAUAACGCAAGGCGGGAGACUGGCGUUCUAGUUUUAGACUUUUCGGUUCCGAUCACUACAUAACUAUGUAUACAUACCGAAUAAUAAUUUUGUUGAAAACGACAUUUUUUUUUUUUUUUUUUUUAUGUUGCGCGGUGGGUUAAAGUCGUCGGAUUUCGGUAGGUUACCGGCCAACGAUGACGACGAUCGGUGGCUAAACGAAAACGCCCAAUAAUAAAAACGAUAGUAAGUGACCGCGGAAUGAUACGAUUUUCCGGACGAUAACCGCGCGUUCGGCCAAAGGGUCGCCCGUACAGAUUAAACAGCGCGAAACACCGCCACGUGUAUCGCGUCGUACUAACGUUUCCGCACCAAACGUGAAGUGAAUUCCAUUAACCGCAAUAAUAUUAACGCGUUACGACGAUCGGACGCAUUUUUAUAUUAUGUGGUUUUAUGGCAGCCAGCGAACGAAAAAUCGCUAGAUUUUAUAUUAAACUAUACAGACGCCACGCAGCCGGACGACGGCGCGUUGUUUUGAAAUUUAAUCGAAUUUCCCGAUACGGAAUUCACACCUCCGCAACAUGAUAAAAUAAUAUUAUGUAUUACGUUAUUGUCGCUUCGUAUAACAUCAAAAUCGAGUUACAGAACCGUCCUCGUGUAAAAGUUUAAGUAAUUCGUUCUUUUCCGGAAUUAAAUUACUAUAGUGUAAUGAGUAUACCCAAUAAAGCCGACACCUAGUAAAGACUAUACUGAUAACCCGUCAAACCCGUCAUUCGCUUCUAAUCGUUGUUGCCCAAUAGUAUUGGGAAUCUCUAGAAUCGAUACAGCGAUCAUAUCCUUCCAGGUUAUAUCCUUCUUGAAUAAUUGGCUUUUUGGACUGGCCAUAAAUGGGCAAUUACUCAAACGCGAACCGACUCAUAGGUCACUUAUCAUAAACGAUAAAAUACUGAGGUUUCUCUGGUAAAAAAAACUCGGUCCAAGCAAACGGCAAAUCCAUUGCGUCUAAAAUCCUAAACUUAAUAUUGAUCGAACCGAAGGUCCUUCAAAACGUCUCGGGCCAUUUGCUCUGCUUGGUAAUGACCAUACGUAACAGCAAAACCAUAUGCCAUACCUCACGAUACAAGGUACAGAGACGAUCUCCCCAAAAUAUGCUCCUUCAGGUAAACCCCUCCUCCCGUCCAAUGCGGUGUGAAAUCGCCACUUCGAUUUGCCAAACGCAUUCCAAUUUUACAAUAUAAUGUAAUAAUAAACGACGGCAGCGGCAGUAUUCAAUCAGAUUUUAAAUGAAAUUAAAAUAAUAUAAUUUUAAACAACAUCGGAUCCGAAAGCCUUUGGAUUGUUAUAUACGUAUCGAAAUACCCUCGGCGGCGUGUUCAAAACGAACAAUUCGGAAUAAAUCUAAGUACUAUAAGAUUUGUCUUCUUCUUGGGUCGCGUUUAUAUAUUAAACAGACUUUCGAUUUGUCGUCGACAAAUCGUAUACGCUGCGUUUACUUUUGUCAAGAUAUUAUUAGUAUACAACACGAUUAUAAUAUUAAACUGAUUGAAUACGACGACGACGAUGGCAUAAACUACACCAUCUCCCUAAACAUUUAUCAAUUUAUAAAUUACAUUAUAAACUAAAUAGUGGCGGUAUUGUAAAAAUCGGCCUUGCCCGAGACAAAUUAAACGCCCGUGGAUUAAUCUAUACCGAUCAAAUUGAACAAUAAUAAUUCUAGUAUUUUCUCCGUAUAACAUAACAUACAACGUAUAACGUAAUAAUAUGCGGAAAACAAAUACAAACAAACGAUAAACCAUUGCUAACGAAAAACGAUUAUGAGCGAAGUUCGGUUAUACGGGUAUUAAAAGACUUUACCAAUUACUGUCAAAAUUUAAUAUUAAAAUUCAUAUAAAAAAAAUGUUUACAUUACACUAAUUUUUUUUUUUUUUUGAAUCUGAAGUAAGACUUAAAAAAAAUCUCCUGUUAAAUUUUCAAACAUUUCUGUUUAGUCAGACAACUGUAUACACAUAUAGUAUAUACCAAAUAAAAACUCUCACUACGCUCCGAAUUUAAAAAAUACUACAUAACUAUUACGCUCUACUUUUUACCACUAAGUACAAUUUAUGAUCUGUAAUAUUUUCAAGCCUUUCUACUCGACCAAAACAAUGUUAUCCACUAUAAAACUAGAAAAAAAACUUGAAAAAUAUAAAAUGCUUAUAAAAAGAUCAUUAAUUUCUAGGAUGUUUUGAACAUUUUUACCACAUUUAGAAAAUAGGCUAAUAUAAGUAUUCUGUGAAUUGCAACAAAAAAACAAAAUCAGAAAUAAUUAAACCGUUAGUACCAUAAACUUUCCUGGUUUCCCCUUAUAUUUAGUCCCAGUUAUUUCCAAUUAUAAAAAGUGGAAAUCAAAAAUCGAUCGCCCAAUUUUACACGUGGGCAAGAUAAUAUAUUACCGAUCCUAUAUAAUCAACCAGAAUUUUAGGGAAGAUUGCAUUUUUUAAUAAGCAAAAGAAGACAUUAAAGCGUUUGGAUACCUCAUACAUUAUUUUAAAAUGUGAAAAUACCCAAUCCUCUAGAAAUAAAAUAAGCUAUUAGCUUAUACUUCUAUUCGCGGAUAUCUAAUCUGAAAUUGCAUUUAAUACCAGAUUUUUGUUCUUAUGUUUCUAUGAUCAACUGUUCAUCUGAUACAGGGUAUCCUUGUUAAUUUUUAUCACAACAACAUUUUAAAAUAAUGAAUAAAAACGACCGAACACACUUCGUUCCAUGGAUUAACCCUAUGUUUUAGGUGGUAAAACUGAUGGUUUUGGAUAUAGUAUAAUUGAACUUAAUAAGUUACCUACUAAAAGUAACGAAAAUUCGAGGCAAUCAAAAUACUAUUCUGAACAAACCUCGGUAAAGUUUUAAGGCUUCUUUGUUUCCAUUGUAACUAAGGUAACCUAGAAAUCAAAAUAAAUUAAAACCGUCAUUUGGUGUUAAUUUUUUAAAUAAUUUCUAGAAAUCUCGGAAAAAAAUAUAAGUUAAUUCCACCAUCAGGUGAAAUUUAAAAGGUGACGGGGUUAUGUCAGGUUGACAAUCAGUGUAAAAUUCUCAGAAUGAAGAGUUUUAAGCGAGACUUGCACGGAUUGUCUAUUUAUGAUGAUGAACCGUAGAUAACCAUCAAGUGUUUUAUGUGACAAGAGAAUUCUAAUGAGAAUUAUCAAAGUUCUUUAAAAAUGUGGUGAAACUAACUAUGUUGUAUGGUUUAAAGUGUAUAGUGUGGUAGAUAGAAAACUAGAAAAUAGAAUGAGUGUAAAAGUGAUGAGAAAGCUUAGGUGGAUAAGUGUAGUAACAAGAAAAUAUAAGAUAAAAAGUGAGUUCUUUAAAAAUAGCUUAGGCGUAGUUUUAAUAGUUGGCGAAAUGAGAGACUGGAAUGGUUUGGGUAUGUCAUGAAGAGAGAUGAAUCAGAAGCAGUAAAAAUUGUGAUAAAAAAGGAGAAGGAAAACCGAAAAAAAAGUUGUUAGAUACAAUAAUGAAUGAUAUGAGGACAUCCGGUGUAUGCGAGGUGGGAGAUCCGGUCAAGUGGAAGUUUAUGAUGAGUGUGGCCAAUCUUUAAUAGUUAAAGGAGAAGAAGACCAUUAGAUGGAAAUUCUAUAAUGCAUGAGAACAUAAGAACUUUUUACUCACGAAAGCAGUAUUCUAAAAUACACAUAAAAAUAUUCUCUUGAACAAAGCAUAGGAAUUUUCAACAGUUUUUCAAAUAAAUUAUCAACAUGUGUAAAAUUAAUAUCUAUUAAUGUUCAUGGAUAAAUCUAAGUAUUUUUAUAAACUGAAAAUUAUACAAUAGAGAAAACACGUUCAGUAUAGUUCAAUUGAGUAAAAACAAUUCUGGACCAAGUUCGGUUAUAGAUGUUUUCAAAGGCCGUAAUAUUUACAAUUAGUAAAUGAUACAUUUCGUAAAUUUUGCCGUUUUUCCUACGUUGUUUCACGUUUUAUCCUAUUAAUUAUGAAAACCCAUAAAACAAAAAAAAAUAACCUCCUAAAAUUACCACCCCAGUCAAAUUUCCUAUUAUAAAAGAUGCUGCACUUGAAAAUCGAAACAUCGUUUCUGGUAAAAAAUGUGUUCACAGAAAAAAAAAUUAAAUAAACCAACAUCAUUGUAAAACAAAAAUACCAAAACAUUCAUUUUUCCGCUCCGCUCAGAAUCGAAAAAAUAUCCUAUAUACUGCACUAAGGGGUUUGAGAACGUACAAAAACUCCCUCACUCUCCUCCUUGGAUCCGUCGUUGGUUAUUUUGACCGAGAAAAUUUGUUUCCGGAGAGCAAACAACAAAAGUUUUCCUACGAAAUUUUCUAUAGCGAACACAAUUCUACCGCGAACGCAGCAAGUGCAUGGGCAUUGGUAUUUUUCCGCUUUUCCACAUGACGGUGGCGGUCGCACGACAAAGAGUAAGUUCCGAUAAUUUCGGCGGAUUUGCGUUUACGUUCGAACGGUAAUUAAUCGCGUGUGAGAGUUGAGGGGGGAGGGGCGGGCGGUCGAUACCAAACACCGGAAGUGUGAACGACCCGGGGGGGUUUUAUUUCGAGACCGCGAGCGAUUUUCUGUGUGUUUACGACCGUUCCGCGGCCCGCGGAGGUGGCUGAGAGAGACGCGGUUUCGCGGGCGGCGCGCGCGAAAACACGACAUUGCACUACGCGGAAAAAAUGACUACGGGCGACAAAAACCCGGUGAAAAGUUUUCUAUAUUUUUUUUUUUUCUGCUUAUCCUCGCGCCGUCCGUCCACUCGUCGGCCCCAUAAAUAGCAGUGGCCCGCCGCCGCCUCGUCGUUAAGCCCCCUACCAUGCACUACGAGCCGCUUUUAUACACGAUAGUUAUUUAAUCAACAUCGCCCGGCCCUCGGGGCACUAAAUAAAAUUAACGUUUCCGCCCCGCGCGCCCUGGUGGCGAAUUGAUGGUUCGGAAACGUGUGCGCUUCUAUACGCGCGAGUAUACCUAUACGGGUACGCGUUUGCUCGUGUGCCCGGCUCGUAUACGGUUCGAAUUCCUCCGUUGCCGCCACCGCCGCCGCCGCCGCCAUUCCGCCCUUCACGCCCGCGAUCCACGGCGAUUCCGGAGAGCCCCAGGAGAACGGGCAGCGGGACGCGCACGCCGUCCGUAAUGAAUCCGGCGGGUGCCAUAAAGUCUUGCGGACAGUAAAGCGCGCGCGCCAGCUCCGUUCAAUCCCGCGCGUUAUUGUCGCGCGAAACGCACGGGCCGAAAAAAUACUGUACUUUAUGUAUUUUUUUAUUCGCUACCUCCGCGUUCCUCCGGCGCGACGGCCGAAAAUGCAUUGGCUCACGGUCGCGCCGUCGUCGACGCCGCACUCGUCGCGACUCGGCCGAUCGGCUUUGAGAAAAUCAUCGCGCGGAAAUUCCGCGACGACGGAACCGCACAAUCCGCGAGACGUGCGCCCCGCGAAGAAACGAUAUUAAAUUUCGAUUUUUUUUUUUUUCUCUCUCUUUAAAAAAAAUCACGAAUUUUCCGACUGACGUCUACUACUCCCGAUUCCAAUAUACGCGUUCCUCUCCUUUUGACGGACAGGUCGUUUCCAAAAGAUCUAAACAUCCAAUAUUGUAUUUUUUUUUUUUUUAUAGAGCAUAAAUUACAUCCACAACUAGGCCUUUAGUAAAUGUAUAUUUUGUGAAGUUUGUAUUUUUAACGAUUUACAUAUUUUUAUAUUAUGUCAUACAUUUCAUAUUUACUUGGAAAUAAAAUUAAGUUUCUAUCUUGUGUAUCUCGUGGGCUCGGUCCUAGAGCUUGGUAGAUUUGUUCGGAUACGUGGAAUUGGUUGCGGCAGUUUUGGUAUUUUUUUACAUUCGGUGAUGGUGUGAUUGACCGUUAAUGGAACGCCACGUGUGGGGUUUAUCUUGGCUCAUCCAAAAGCUGCGCGUUAGCUCUUUUGUGUGUAUCCAAUUCGAAUUCGGUUAAUUGCGGUUUCUUCUUUUCUAUUAAGUUCGGUGGCUUAGCCAUAGGUUGGUAAUGUUUUUUAUUUUGUUGAGUUUGGAGUUCGGAUAUCUCCAAUGGAAAUGCCAUUUAUUAUUAUUUAUGUAGGAGUUAAUCAGGUUCUUCGCGCAUGAGUAUGUAGUGCUAUUGUGAUUAUUAUGAUUGAUGAUAUUGUUACUGAGACGAUUGCAUUGAGUACUUCUUGAUCGAAUACAUUGUUUUGUUCGCUAAAUAACUGUAAUAUUUUCGCGGAAUCGCAUAAACGAAUUAACGAAUUUGAAGCUCAUAAUUCGGUAUUUCGACAUGUCAGAUGUCAUCGUUAACUACGAGAUACUUAAAAUGAGGUCAGUCAAUUAAUAUGGAAGUCUUUGACCAUGAAUUCUAAAAUAUUAGCGCUAGAUUGCUUGCACUAAAACGUCACCGGGGAGGUUUUCGAUGAACUAAUGGCAACGUUAUUUCCUCGUUUAAAUCGCGGUAUAGACGAGAUCAAGUUGUUAUUGAAACUUUGCUUGUUGACGGCCGGGGAGUUAAAGAAACAGGAGGAAUAGAAAAAUGCGCGUCGUCCGCAAAAAUAGGCAUUUUGAAUUAAAAUAUCGUUCGCAACAUACAUAUAUACGACGUUUGUAUUAAAAAUAAACACGUGGAUUUUUUAAAUAAUGCCGAAUCUAGUAUUGAACCGAACAGAGCUAAAAUUUAAAGGUCCAAUCGUAUUAGUAUAAAUCUUUUGAGGGCAAUAUCGAAUUAGUGUUACACUUGUACACUGCAGUUAGCGCACAACGACCGUUAAGAACCGCAAUAAUGGGCUGAAUAAUGACUGCUAACCGUGAAAUACGCUGACUGUUUAAUAUCCAUACAGAGUGCAAUAAUAAUAUAGGCUAUAAAAUAAUAAUUAUAAAAGCUACCAUCGUAUUUAAAUAUUGAAACGACAUCUGUUAAUAGAUAUCGGUGGGAUAUUUAUCCUUUGAUACCCGAGAAUAUUCCAGGUGGGAGAGUUCAAUUAUAUUUAUAUUUUUAUUUUUUUUCGAUCACUUUCUUGUAAAAUUCACCCUGUACUAAUGAUAUUCUAAUAACAGACUGCAAGUCAAAAAUAAACGAUUUUCUAUUUUCUAAAAAUGCUAGAGAUUUCAUGUAACUAUAGAAGGCUGUGUCAAAGUUUUGUGGUGUAGUGAUAGCUUUUGAAAUACUAAUUGGUAGACCAGAUAACUCACGGACAGUGAUGUUGCUUACUCAACUAGCGUUGGUUGCCAACGAACGUUGUUCUGAAGACGUUCUUUUGGAUUCGCUAGAGCGAAUGUCCAAUAUUGGAUCCAUAAUAUGGGUAACGUAGUUAUAUUUUUUUACGAUAAAUUAAACGAAUUUCAAUCAGAAAUACAUUACUAUUGUGUACGUAAUCACCAUCACUGUCAUUUUUUUAUUUCAAAGAAACUAUUAUCGCUAUAUAAAAAAUCAAAAUAUAUAUAUUAUAUACGGAAAAUUCGAGACUAUAAUAAUUUACUAAAGUGCCCUCAAAUUAAUUUAAAAGCAUAUUUAGUUUUAUUUUACUCUCAUAUUAGAUAGUAAAUCAGAGCUUUUUUUUUUUUUUUUUUACAUAAAUCCGUUUCGUCCAGCGUGGCAUUCGGCCAGCGUAACUUUUUAUCUUUACCUAUUUAUACUCACGAGUUUUAAUUUCACAUUUCACCACCACCCCGGACACUAACUCUCUCCCAAGCAUGCCAAGUUUAUUCCGAUCUCUCGGGUUUUUCGUAUUAAUUAAAAAAAAAAAAAAACAAACAACCUUUGGAGGAUUUCGUGGAUAAUUAUAUUAUAAUAGUUAAUAUUUUAGCAUUUCGUAUUAUACUAACACUAAUUUCGUCAUCAAGUUUUUCUCCAAUACAAUUUAAAUAAUCUAAUGUGUGUGUCACUGCAGGUAUCGUGGAUACGACGACGGGAUUCACACAUACUCACCAUCGAUUGGCUGUUGUUCAUCGCCGACGACAGGUUCCGGAUAUUCCUGGUGGAGCCCACGUGCACGUGGACGUUACAGAUCAAAUACGUGCAGCCGAGGGACGCAGGCAUUUACGAGUGUCAGAUAAACACAUCGCCCAAAAUGAGCCAUUUGGUUCAGCUCAAUGUCGUGGGUAAGUAUCUAUUUGUUUUUCUGCGUCGUUGUCUAUGGAAUUGAAACCAUAAUAUUGCAAUACUGUGGAGUUUGGACCUAGAAAAAUACUGUACAACGAUAGUGUAUCAUAUUCCGCAUUAGUUUAAUCGAAAUUUAAUAGAAUACUAUUAUAUUUUAAGAUAAUUAAAUAGAAUAACUGCUACAGAUAGAGCCGAAUCGGAAAAAUUAUCUUUUUCUAUCAGACUACUCUACGUCUGAACAAAAUAAAUAUUAAAUCGAAUGAAUUGCACCUAGAGAAUAUAGCGGCACUCGAAACUGGCCCUACAAACAUAACACGAUUUUACAAAAUCACUCAAGUAAACUCUUCUAGGACUUGUUAGACAUUGUUAGCCAGUUAUUGGAAUUUUUGUUAGAAAGAAUUUCAUAAUCUGUAAGCACAGCUAAAGAACUUUGCUUACGGAUUAAUAGAGUUUAGUGUAUGCCUAGAACAACAUAUGAAACAAAAACCUACUUAUGACUACAAUGUUUUAUAACUAUUGAUAAAAUUAAUUCUAACAAUGUCUAACAAGUAGACUGUUUCAGAGUUAUUUUUUUCAGAGUUUAUCUAAGUUUAUAGUGCCAAUUUCACGUAUCUAAACAAAAUGUUUUUGUCAUUAAUGGACCUUUGCGUUUAGAUAAAAAAAAAUAAUAAUAAAACCCAUUCCUAUGGUACCGCCAAUGGGAUUGGGACAUUUUGUUCUACAGAUAUUUUGUUCUACGAUUUUUUUGCCUGUCAAGGGACUAAUUGUUACUUUUAAAAAAGUAAUAGUGAACUAGAAAAUCCUUAACUGAAAAAAAAUGUCCCACGGGAUUAUUUGUGUCGUUUCAUGGACAAUUUGAUUUUUUAACUUGGGCCCACAAAUACACCAAACUUGUACCAAGAACAUGUUCAAAAGAGAGUGGUUCAUGAGUUUUAAGCCCAGGCCUACAUAACCCACAACUGAUAAUUUAAACUCACAAUGUGGUUUCAUUUUCUAAUCAAAAACAAAAAUGUUAAUCAAUUGUCUAAACAGAAAGAACAAACACAUGCACAUACGCAUACUAGCAAAACCAAUAGAUUGCUCGCUCCGCUCUGAAUCUUAAAUAUUGUCCUAGCAGCUGUUAAAUUCCACCAAUGAUCAGAGCAUUUAACAUACGAAAUAUUUUAAUAAUAUGAUAUUUCUGACAGUCUGAACAGUUUUUCAAACAAAUAUUCGACAUUUGAUAUUGCAUUGUCAAAUGAGUUAGGACAUCGAAUUAUUUGAUACUCUACGAUAGAAACCAGUCUCGAUUGUUGUCACCACUUUUUGCGUUCUUAUCAUUAUAGAAUUCUUUUUUUUCUUCUUAUUUAUAAAACAUUGCGCCGCGUGUCCACAGUACCGAAAAUCGAGAUCAUGGGCGAGUCGGACAUCCAUGUGAUGGAGGGCAGCGCGGUGAGUUUGAAAUGUGUCAUCCGGCAGAGCGUCCGGGACCCGGACUAUAUAUUCUGGUACCAGAACAACCACCGGGUGCUGGAUUACGGCAUGAAAACCAAGGUGAUCACCAACGAGCGGUUGGAUCCCAACACGAUGGUGGCCACGUUGACCAUCAACAAGGCGGUGCUCCAUGACUCAGGCAACUACACGUGUCAGCCGUCCAACUUGGACUCGGCCAGCGCAUAUCUUCACGUCUUGAACGGUACGUAUUAUACGUGAAAGUGAUAAUAAUCCCUCACCUAGGCUAAUCGGUUGUAGACUAGUUGGAACAGUUUUUCUCGAUCGUUUUAAAGUUACCGCCCCCUGUGGGAAUCAAACAAUUUUUCAAGACCAACCAGUUUAAAAAUCCCGUAAUUAAAGAUAUGGGCAACAGAAAGGGGGAUGCUGAAUUAUAAAGCUUAAACAAUUUUACUGAAUACGUUUAUACACGAUUUGAAAGACAAAUCAUGUAAAAGAGUUCUUCAAUGAAAAAAACAAAUAAUUGAAUGAACCAAAAAAUUAAUCAAUUACUUUCCACGAAUCAAACAAUUCAGAAACAUUCGCAUCUUUAUAUUAUAUUAUAGUAUAUUAUGUUAAAAUGUUAUUAUGUUAAAAUUAACCCAUUUUAAUUUAAUGUUUUCUAUUUGCGAUACAGGAUCACAAUGUUAAAGAAAACCAAUACAAAUACGAGCGAUUAAACAUAUAUAAUUGCCUGAUUUCCGAAUCGAUUCGAUAAUGCAGUAUCUAUAAUCCCAGUCGAUCAAAACCCGUUUAAAACUUAUGAUUUAUAAAAAACAUAUCACAUUUUUUCCUAACCAUCCAACGUCCCUGAAUAUACGCGUGAUCUACGAUCAAUAUUAAACCCGAUUAUCGGACACACGCUUGUUUCACAUUCAACAACCGAUUGUGUUUAAGUUAUAAUUUAUUAUGUGGCUCGGCCCGAGAAGUGUCCCAGUUGAAAAUAUGGUUAACGUUCGGCCAUUUGUGGGAAUUAAAUGGACAUAAUUCGGGGAUGCCGUAUUUUAGGUUCACAAAUACAUUUCCUAAGGUUCGAACUUGGGCUCCAAUAUACUGUCGUUUAAUAACUCGUAAAUCAUACGAAACAAAUAAAUUGUAUCGAUGUAACUUACUCGCGCAACUAUUCGGAUGCUACGGGGGGAACAUAUACAAUGUAUAAAAUAUUUGCAAACGGUGAAAGCACUUACAGUUAUAUUGCAAACUUUGUGUAACAAAUCUUAUUUAAUAUUUUUCUACCGAGACAAAAACUAUUUGAGUUAUUGUUUUUAGAACAAACAUUUUGGAAAACUCGAAAAAUGAAAUAUUCCUUACAAUAAUUCCAUCACUUUCCAAUCGAACAAAAACUAGGUGACGUUUGUUUUUUAUUACGUUAUCACAUUGUUAUCAGACCGACUAUAUUUUGUUGAACGGCUACAAUAUUUAAUGCUCUCGAGAUUUCCGUCUGCUGAAUUUAAACGAGUCAAAUAGUACGAUCGAUCAGUUUAACACAAUUGUCCUAUUUGAAUCAAUAACCAUUCGAAUUCGAUGAAUCUGUUUUUAAACGGAUCGAUUUUAAAUGUUACCGAACGAGUGUUUACAAGUAUGAAUUAUAUUUUAUUUGAGUUUUCAAUCGUAUUUCGUAUUUACAUUAAUAGACAGUAUUCACCGGCGAUGAGUCUAGGCAAUUUCGGUACACCGACGAAUCAUCGGCUCUCCGACAGUAUCAAAAACGUUUACGGCGACAUUAAGCGUUUAAUUGGCCGGAGUUUAUUUUUUGUGUGUCUAAUUAUGUUAAUAACUUUACUACCAGAAUUAUUACUCCUAUUAUUAUGUGUAACAUCUUUUCUGAAAAAAAUUUCGUCUUCGUGGAAUUUUCGUUAUAGUUUCCUUAAUAGUUGGAUAGAUUUUAAGAUAAUGUAGUAGUUUUUUUUAAAUUUAAAUUUUGAAUAAAAUCACGUUCCAAAUCAUUGGAAACUUUGCUCAGAAAAUCGUUUUUCGUUAUUUAUCGUUACGUCCAGAUAUAGGUAAUAUACUCCAUAUUUUUCCAAAUUUCCACCUCCAAAUAUUUACAUUUAUCAGGAAAUCUCCGGGUACCACGUUUUAAUUUAAAUACAAGUACUUCAAAAACUAUAAAAUAAUAUAAAUGAUCAGUGCGCAUGAAAUCACGUGUACGCUCGUCGAUUUAAACAAUUUAAACUCAGCGAAUUUAUGUGACGUUACAAAACUAAUUCUAGCGGAAUGGAAACAUUAUUAUGACCAAGUAUCGUCACACAAACAUCCGGCCAUCGGAGUUUUUAUGGCGAGCUGUGUUCAGACUUGUCUAGAUAUUAUUUCGAUACCUUCCUGAACUGUCUGAGAGUUAUCUAAAAUGACGAAAUAAUUAUAUUUUCAGUAAUUUUCUAGACCAGUGGUUCUAUUUUUAGACAACAACCUAAAUUUUCCCACGAAAAUCUAUCGCGACCCACAUGGUUUCACUUUUCAAAACCCAGUCUUUGAAAACAACCGAGAAAAUCAAAAAAUGGUAAAUUACCACCCCAAACAGAUUUCCUUUCAGAAAAAGUAGUAUACUUGAAAAUCGGGGCGAAAUUUCUGGUAGAGAAGUUGUUCAUAGAUCAAACAAAUAAUAAAAAAAAAAAAAAAAACCAUUAUUGUAAAACCAAUAAAUUCCUCGCUCCGCUCAAAAUCUAUAUAAAUUUCUCGCAGUCUAUAUAAUUAAAAACGAUUUUCGUGCCCCAUCAAAAAUUGACUAAGCUAACCUCACCAAAAAGUUUUCAUUAAUUUAUCAAGUUGUAAAAGUUAGAUAGAAAAGUAAAGAUUAAUUUUAGUUGUUAAAGACUAAAUGAGACCGUUUAAUAUUUAAGUGAAAACCAUAUUCAUUUAUCAAGCAUUCAUUCAAUAAAUGGCUAAAAGUGCAAAACAAGUUUUCAUAGACGAUUUGUUACUGUGCGUGUUUGUCAUACUAUUACAUAAAUUUACUCGAUUUACCAAAAAAAAAAAAUACAUAAAUAAAUAUCAACCGGAUAAAAGGCCCAUCGCAUAUCUUGAUGAAUUAUAUACUUGGCGUCGUCGCAAACGGUCGAAUUGGAAAGCCCAAGUGAUAUCCGAAACGGAUUUUCCGAAUACCGGCGUGAAUAUCAAUAUCGGUACGUUCUGUCGUCGAAUCGUCAAAACCACGUACAAUACGGUCGCCGGGUCGCGACUACUGCGACAUUGUGUUUUACUGUAACCAUAUAAUAACGCGUUCGGCGGAAUGCGAUAUUUUUCCCGGUAUACUAUUCGAAAAGCGCAAAUCGGUUAUUAUUGUUAUUUUUUUUUUUUUUUAUGUAUAUUGCAUUCGAGGCGUUACGACGCGCGCUCGUUCGGAUAAGCGGACGGAAUCAAAGAGAAUAAAGAACAUUAUAUUAUUAUUAUUAUUAUUAUUAUUAUUAUGUUGUACAUCCGAAAUCGUGCGCUUUACGCGGAUAUAAUCGUUUUAUUAAUGCCGUAGUGCGGAUAAUAAUAUGUUCGAUUCGAUUCGGAAAACGUCGUCUUCUCGCCGGGGACUAGGAGCGCGCGAGGCGAGCGAGGGGGAGCGGCGCUUGAGGGGGGGGGGAGGGUGGUAGGCGGCCGGCGUUAUCAAUAUUGGAUUUCCCCCGGAACGGGGCGCUCCGGAUUUGCGGACGCGGACGCCGUCGCAACGCUUUCCGGAUGGGAAAUUUCGCUUUAAUAACGCCACCGACGACGCCGCCGCCGCCGCCGCCGCGGCAAUAGCCGACUCAUCGGAUGUUCGAGAAUGUAAACGCGCGCAGUCGGACGAUUUAUCUUGUCCCGUCGCCGUUUUUACCGUAUAAUAUUAUUAUACACACAACGACGUAGGCACCUAUACCCGUAUGUGUAUGUACGUAUAUGUAUGUGGUAGUACGCGCAGAGAGAGAGAGAGAGAGAGAGAGAGAGAGUGAAUACGGGAAAUUAUGCCUGCGCUAAAAGUAUUAUAUUAUAUUAUAUUAUGGAUGUAUACGUGUGCCAGCCGCCGAGAGAGGAGUCGUUCAUUAAUAUUCAUACGGCGUAUCGUAUUAUGCUCGGAACCCCGCGGAUCUCCUCCGCGCUCGUGCGCGGGACUUUUAAAAGUUUACUCUUGAAAACGCCGCGCAUAAUCGGGCCGCCGGACGGGAGAGCAAUACGAGACGGCGGCGUGUAAUUCCCCGCGAUAUUCAUGCGAUAAUCGUUCGCGGCCCUUUGAUCUAUCGUUAACCGCACGGCUACGGCCCGGGCCCCCGUCGGGAAAGGAACCGCGGGUACGCCGCCGCCAGCCGCGCGCUCUUAUCGCGCGCGGCAAGACUGUAAUAAUAAUGCGUAACGUGAAUGAUGCGUUUCGCGAAACAAUUGUUGUACGUACGAUUUCGCGCAAAGGCCUCCGGUGCCGCGCCGGUAUCGGGAUCGCGGGCCUUCCGAAACGAACGCGAUUUCCCGGUUUUUACGGUUUUCAACGGACUUUAUCAAACGCGGUAUGGCAUUUUUCUGCGGAAUUUUCCCCGGCGUGUACAGACUGUUGGGAUGUCGGUCUGUCGCGUCCGACAUAAUAAUUCGUUCGACCGAUCCGCCGACAUUUUUUUUCGGCCGAACGAGCUCGGAAAUUGGAAUUAAUUUUUCGCGAAUUUCAAUACGUUAUUGCGGCAGAACUUAACACACCGCUAAAGACCCCAGUGACCAAAGCUAAAGGGACGAAGUGUUGUACGCGAGCGUGUAAUCAAACCCCGUUUUGUCCGUAACGUAGUGUAGUGUUGUACCAUUAUAUUAUAGAGUUCGAUUAUAUUUAUUUAUUAUAACACAGUAAUGAACAUUACUACGCAAUAAAAUAACGAAGGAAAAAUGUGACUCAAGUGACGGAGCUGUUGCCCAUGGGUGUGAUAUUUUUAGAUUUUAAGUGAAGCUAUUGCCAUGGUUCUCUCCAAGAACGUAGGUAAGAGGGUUCAAACCUCCCGUUUAGAAAUUACUACAAAAAUGCAAUUACUUUAUCCAUCUCUCAUUCAAUCCUAUUACAAAUAAUUGAUAUUCAGAACACCCCCCCCCCCCCCNCCCCCCCCCAUGUAUAAUGUUUACCUCGGCGUCCGAUUUUCACUCUCUCUCGCUGAUCUGUCUGAUCAAAGUCACCUAUCCACUGUGUACCCGUUUCUCGUCCACACCACUCGGCCGCGAUACUCGUUUUCCGCGUUCCGAACAAUCUCGCUGACUGUAUAAUGUAUAUUAUAUAAUCAUAUAAUAUAAGUCUAAUUUUUUUUUUUUCAUUUUUCCGCGGAUACAGGCGAACAUCCGGCCGCCAUACAGCGGGGUCACAGUUCCGGUACGCAGAUACCCAUCCGCCUGUUGGGGCCUUUGUCGGCCGUGCUGGGACUCAGCUCCAGUCAUUCGACGAGAGCCGCGCUCCUGACGACCGCGUUUGCCGUCGACCUGGUCGUCCGGGUUCUGUACUCGAUGAUCGUCUAA